UCACAAUCUUACUCACGUACCGUUCGCGAUAAUUCAAUGGAUACUAUCUCAAUAAAUUUGAUUAUUUCCGCCUCAAAUCGAUAACGAAAUCUCCCCGAAUCAUAGAACAGAUUUUGUGAAUUUUCAGUUUUAUUCAUUGUAUCGAACAAUGCGCGUACAUUUUUUCAUAAUUAAUCAAGUGAUAAUUCAUAGAUACUGAUCCUUCGUUGUCGCGUUGAUGAGGGUGGGGUAGAUCCGAUAUGCCCGGUAUUGUGGUGGGCAAGUGUAGGAUUGUGAAUAAAUACUCGAUGCUCCAUGGAAAAGCCAACACAUGUGCGCCAUCAUCUGACGAAGUGGCAACAUGUUGAAAUUUGUGGUAUUCGUGGGGCUCAUCGGGCUGGCUCUAGCCCAAAAAGAGAGUUUUGAAAAUUACAAGGUUUUCAGGAUAUUACCUACGAAUGACGAGCAGAUUGCCCUCUUGCAUCAGAUUGCAGAUACUUCUGAUGGACAAUACUCCUUCUGGAACGAAGCCGGUCACGUAAACGUAACCGCUGAUUUGAUGGUUGCACCGCAAAAAAUUGAGGAAUUUGAACGAUUAAUGGCACUCACUGAGACUAAGUAUGUGCCUUACAUCGACAAUGUUCAACAGCUGAUUGAUGAUGAGAAUCCAAGUCUUGAAAGGCUGACAACUGGAUUUGACUGGACUAGUUAUCAUAAGCUAGAUGAGAUCAACGCAUGGUUGGACUCACUCGCUAGUACUUAUCCAGACAAAGUGCAGGCUGUUGUUGCUGGUAAAACUUACGAGGGACGUCAAAUCAAAGGCGUCAAGGUUUCAUUCAAGGAGGGCAAUCCUGGCGUAUUCAUUGAGGGAAAUAUUCAUGCCCGUGAGUGGAUCACAGCUGCCACUGUCACUUACAUUCUGAAUCAAUUAUUAACUAGCAAGGAUCCAGCUGUCAGAGAAUUGGCUGACAGACACGACUGGUACAUCUUCCCAGUGUUCAAUCCUGAUGGAUAUGCCUUUACUCACACCACUAACCGGCUGUGGCGCAAAACGAGGAAGCCCUACAGUUCAUUCUGCCGGGGAUCCGACCCCAACCGCAACUGGGGCUACAAAUGGAUGCAGGGUGGCGCCAGCCGUAAUCCAUGCGCUGAGACUUAUGCCGGAUCAGCUGCCUUCUCCGAUAUUGAAACCAAAUCGGCAUCUCAAUUCAUUGCUUCCAUUUCCAAUAAAAUCUACGCUUAUAUAUCAUUCCACAGUUAUUCCCAACUUUUGCUCUUCCCUUACGGUCACACUAGCGCUCAUCUUGAUAAUUAUGACGAUCUGUACGCAAUCGGAACCGAAACCAUCAAUGCAUUAGCCAAGAGAUACGGCACUAAGUACGUCACUGGAAACAUUGCUGAGACUAUUUACAUUGCUAGUGGCAGCUCUGUAGACUAUGUGAAAGGUACCUUCCAGACACCAAUCACCUAUACUUAUGAACUUCGUGACAAGGGAAGGUAUGGGUUCCUCCUUCCAGCUAAUCAAAUUAUUCCUACUGGAGAGGAAACCCUUGACUCUCUCGUUGCCAUGUUCAAAAGUGCUCAAGCACGGGGUUAUCCCAGGAAUGCAUAAUAUUGUCGUGCAGAGCAUGAACUUGCAGUAUGAAGGAAUUUGAAUGAAAUUUCACAAACUUCUUGGUUUUUAUAUCUGUUUUUUUGUGAUUAAUAAAGUACAACUGUUGAGUUAUAGAA